CGCCAUUCGCAAGCCUGUAGCGCAGCAACCACAACGCGGCAGCUGCACCACCUGAGCCACCCACGCCGAUCGCCGAAACCUCUCCGAGUCCCCCCGGCGUGCUCCAACCAUGAGGUUCCCCAGCGCGGGUGGCGGCGGGAGCGGGGACGCGGGGUUCGUGCGGGCGGACCAGAUCGACCUCAAGAGCCUCGACGAGCAGCUAGAGCGCCACCUCAGCCGCCAGGAGCGAGGCGGGGCAGCCUCUUCCCAGCCCGGGAGCCGCCGCGGCGAGUCCCCGAGGCUGGUGGAGCCGUUGCCGCCGCCGCCGCAGCAGCAGCAGCGGCGGCGCCGGGAGGACUGGGAGGUUGACCCCGCCAAGCUCGUCAUCAAAGGUGUCAUCGCCCGCGGCACCUUCGGCACCGUCCACCGCGGCGUCUACGACGGCCAGGACGUCGCCGUGAAAUUGCUUGACUGGGGCGAGGAUGGUCAUAGAUCAGAGCAAGAAAUUACUGCACUAAGAUCAGCAUUCGCACAAGAGGUUGCUGUCUGGCAUAAACUUGAUCACCCAAACGUUACUAAGUUUAUUGGGGCGAUAAUGGGUGCCAGAGAUCUAAAUGUACAGACAGAACAUGGGCAUCUUGGCAUGCCGAGCAACAUUUGUUGUGUUGUUGUUGAGUACCUUGCUGGUGGUGCACUGAAAAAUUUCCUGAUAAAGAAUAGGAGAAGAAAGCUAGCCUUUAAAGUUGUUGUACAGUUAGCUCUUGACCUUGCUAGGGGAUUAAGUUAUCUUCACUCAGAGAAGAUAGUGCAUCGUGACGUCAAGACUGAAAAUAUGCUUCUUGACAAGACAAGAACUGUGAAAAUCGCUGAUUUUGGUGUUGCUCGAGUUGAGGCUUCAAAUCCCAGUGAUAUGACGGGUGAAACAGGCACACUUGGUUACAUGGCACCUGAGGUCCUCAAUGGCCAUCCUUACAACAGGAAAUGCGAUGUUUAUAGCUAUGGGAUCUGUUUAUGGGAGAUAUACUGCUGCGACAUGCCAUAUCCCGAUCUCAGCUUCUCAGAAGUAACUUCUGCUGUUGUCCGACAGAACCUGAGGCCUGAGAUACCACGUUGCUGCCCAAGCGCUUUGGCGAACGUGAUGAAGCGCUGCUGGGACGCGAACCCUGACAAGCGGCCUGAGAUGGCCGAGGUGGUGUCCAUGAUAGAGGCAAUUGACACGUCCAAGGGUGGCGGUAUGAUCCCAGUAGACCACUCGCAGGGAUGUUUCACCUGCUUCCGUCAGUACCGAGGACCCUGACGAUUUGGUCUGACAGUGUCACUGUUACCUGAACCUGAUUGAUGAUCGAUGCCGCUACAUCUCAAUGUAAUUCUAAUCACGUCCGCUAAUGGCUAAUGGAGAUAGUUCUCUGGUGUAAAUGCCCGCUCCAUCUCGUCGUUGGUCCUUGCAUGCUUGACAUACCCUAGGAUCAAGCUCUGAGUUUAGCAUGAGGUCCACUGUAGUAUUGCAGUUUACAGUCUCAUGGUCUGAAGUGGGCCCACUGUACUAUUGCAGUUUAUAUAGUACUAAUAUCUUUGCAUAAUGUGAAUAAAGAAUAUGAUUCCCG